UGCUGCUGUAAGUUUCAAAGUUCAUGUACGAACUUCUUGCUCAGCACACACGGUCUAUGAAUGAAGCUUGAAUUAAAAAAAAAGACUUUCAAAAAAUAUAAGGCUUGCGGAUAAAAACCAAAGACAAUGGCAGACAGCAAUGAGAUGACAAUCAACCUUGUCGUCCUUGGAAGAACUCAAACUGGCAAAAGUGCUGCUGGGAACAGCCUGCUAGGCAGCUUGGACUUCGAAAGUCAUCUCUCCCCAUGCUCAGUGACCACCUGUUGCAGUCUUGGGCACAGCUGCCGUAUUUUGGGGAUUACACGAAGAAAUGGCUGUGAGCUAGCUCUCCGCGUUCGGGUACUUGACACUCCAAGCUACCCUCACAGCAGCCUGAGCAAAGAGCAGGUGAAACACACAGUAAGAUCCGGCCUGGCUCACCACUUCAGGGAGGAAGGUCUGCAUCUUGCUCUUUUAGUCCUGAGGGCUGACUUGCCUCUGUGUCCAGAUGAAAAUGAUCAAACAACUCAGUUCAUCCAGGAACUUCUAGGUCCCACAUGGAAGGAUUUCACUGCAGUUUUACUUACUCACGCUGACAAGGCAGCAGCAGCUGGAUUCAGUGAGGAAGCGUAUUUGCACAAAGCUUCAAGUACCCUGUUGUCACUACUGAGCUCAGUACAGAAUAAAUAUAUUUUCCUAGACAACCAGAAGAGCUUAAUUAAAGAGGAAAGAACUACUGUCUUAAGAAAGCUCUUAAAUUUUAUAAGACAAAAUAAUUCUCGAGUACUACUUAAACACGACAAGGAAUAGAAUUAGCUUUCAGGUGCUCAUUUGUCUAUUUUUUACGCUAUAUAGCAUCUAAUAGAAAUAGUAGAUAAGACAGCAACUUGAAUCUUCAAGACCCCUACCAAACACCUCUGAACAUACAUCUGGAAAUCUCUUUUCAGGUUACCAAACUGCAUGCCCUUCAUAGAGUACCUCACACUACUGAAUCCAGAACCCUAGUUUCAACCACAUGAGAACAAGCUAGUACUCAAAAUCACGCCCCCUAAUACGAGUGCAGUCAGUAAUAAGAUUUUAUGCUACACCUUAUUAUAAAUUGCAUUUCAUACACAACACAGAUCUGGAAGAAGAAAAAAAAAUAAAGACACACUAAAAAAAGCUUUCCAGUAUUAAAACUUAAGAUUUACCUACUGUAAAGGUAUAUAUAU